CCGGCAGCCCAGCCCGCCCCUGCCGGGGGUACCCAAGGCAGGCGCGGCCGCUCCCCGCUGCCCGCCCGCUAUAAGAGCGGCGGCGGAGCGCUCCUCCUGCGCGCUGGGAACAGGCCAUGGCAUCUGUCAGCAUCGAGUGCGUGGCCAGGGAGGGCUGCAGGAUCGGCGAGUCGCCCGUGUGGGACCAGAGGGAGGGCGCGCUGCUCUUCGUGGACAUCACGGGCAGGAAGGUGUGCCGCUGGAGCCCGCUCACCCGGCAAACACAGGCCAUUGCCGUGGAUGCUCCUGUGAGCUCCGUGGCUCUCCGGAAGUCUGAGGAUUAUGUCAUCACCCUGGGAACCAGGUUUGCUGCUUUGAAAUGGAAAGAGGAGCUGGUAACCACAAUUACUCAAGUGGACAAGGAUAAAGCAAACACCCGGUUCAAUGAUGGGAAGGUGGAUCCUGCAGGGAGGUAUUUUGCAGGUACAAUGGCAGAGGAGAUUCGUCCGGCCGUGCUGGAGAGACGCCAGGGCUCUCUGUACACGCUCUUCCCCGACCUCUCCGUGGUGAAGCACUUUGACCAGGUGGACAUUUCCAAUGGGCUGGAUUGGUCUCUGGACCACAGAACCUUCUUUUACAUUGACAGCUUGUCCUACUCGGUGGAUGCCUUUGAUUAUGACCUCCAAACUGGAAAAAUUGGCAACCGUAGGAGUAUAUACAAACUGGAAAAAGAGGAGAGCAUUCCUGAUGGGAUGUGCAUUGACACAGAAGGCAAACUCUGGGUGGCUUGCUAUGAUGGUGGGAGAGUGAUUCGCCUUGACCCCGAGACAGGAAAAAGACUCCAGACUGUGAAACUUCCCGUAGACAAAACAACUUCCUGCUGUUUUGGAGGAAAGGAUUAUUCAGAAAUGUUUGUGACUUCUGCCAGUGAUGGGAUGGAUAAAGAGUGGCUUUCACGGCAACCAGAGGCUGGUGGGAUUUUCAAGAUAACAGGACUGGGCGUGAAAGGAGUUCCACCGUAUCCAUUUGCAGGUUAAAUGCACUCUUCAGAAUGCAUUAGAGAGGGCUGACAUAGGCAAGACAUGUCUGAAGGUCCUAUUCUGGUGUUCAGCAUCUUUUGCUUGGAAACCAUAACACCAUUAUAAUAUUUCAUCAGGAAAGGAUGAAAAACUACUGAAAUGCUUGGAAUAUUUGAAAACUGCUCUUUUUUCUCCCUUUAAACUUUAAUAUAUGAUGGUACUUUUUUCUGCUGUGCUAAAAAGAUUCUCAUCCUAAUAAACUACUGUUGUAAUUCUAUUUUAUGAUUAAACAAUAUUUUAAUAUA